AUGGUCAAAGUUCUCCUAAUGGAAGAAUCAAACAUUCAGCCAGUCAGCUCUCCAGUGACUGUUUGCGGCGAUAUCCACGGCCAGUUCCAUGAUUUGCUUGAGUUGUUCCGGGUGUCGGGCGGGUUCCCUGACAACACCAACUAUAUUUUCCUUGGCGACUUUGUGGACAGAGGUUAUUUUUCCCUAGAGACAUUCACACUGCUUAUGUGCCUAAAAGUUCUCUAUCCAAGCCGAAUCACCUUGGUUAGAGGCAACCACGAGUCUCGCCAGAUCACCCAGGCCUACGGGUUCUACGACGAGUGCUUGACAAAGUAUGGAACAACCACAGUUUGGAAGUACUGUUGCCAAGUUUUUGACUUCUUAACACUUGCUGCAGUCAUCGACUCCAAGAUCCUCUGCGUCCAUGGCGGCUUGAGUCCGGAACUGCGAAUGCUCGACCAGAUCCGGGUUCUCAACCGCGCCCAGGAGAUCCCGCGAGAGGGAGGCUUUGCUGAUCUAGUGUGGAGUGAUCCAGACGACACGGUGGACACCUGGGUCGUUUCUCCCCGUGGUGCAGGGUGGCUGUUUGGAGCCAACGUUGCUCGGGAAUUCAACUAUGUCAACAACCUUUCCUUGGUCACGCGGGCCCACCAGCUGGUUAUGGAGGGAUUCAGAUACCAUUUCAAAGAAAAGGACGUGGUCACAGUAUGGUCUGCGCCAAAUUACUGCUACCGCUGCGGUAAUGUGGCGUCGGUCAUGAAGGUCGACGACACAACCACCCCGAAGUUUUCGAUAUUUAAUGCCGUCCCCGACGAUACAUUGAAAAUGUCCCCACAAAAGGCACAACGCAACGAAUACUUUUUGUAG